UUAAUAAUUCGUUGUAUACAGAAGUACUUUCUCCAUUCUGAUCCAUUACUCAUUAAUUUGUAUUGGGCGACUCUCCUUGUGUUAGGAGUCUUCUCUGGGGGAAGUCCCCCCCCCCCCCCACUAUCUCAUCACCUUAGUAAUUCUGUAACUGUCUAUCAGCAUACCCGCUCUCCAUUACCACUUUUGAUAAACAAAAAGUCCCAACCAAACACCAUAUUUUCUCAUAGGUUCAGUGUUCAUCAUUGCAUCAUUGUGAGGCCCUUUUCAGACCUUGUGACUUCUUUUUUGAGAAGCAGUGAUCAGAACUGUUCAUCCUAUUCCCAGUGCAGUUACACCACAGAAAUAUAUGAUAUAACUAAACAUUUUAUUUUAGACUCCUCUGCAUGCAUUUUUUUCUUUUCAUAGCUGCUGUCACAGAUUGAUGGUUUGAUCUAUCCCUGAUCUCUUCUGCUUAGCCACGAACAAUUCAGAGGGCAUUGUUGCAUAUGUGAAGUUGUACAUUCUGCCCACACACAAAAAGGCUCCCUUCGACACCUCAAGGAUUAACAGAUUUCUGGAAUCAUAAGUUUCGCGAGGUACAAAAUACUUCCGUGAAUUAAACCCGCAAAAACUCCCGCCUCCGUAAACGCGAGGUUUUAAAAGAAGCUGCAAGCCUUGCUUUUUGGUUUUGUCGCGCUUGGAUUCUGCGCAUCGCCCUCGAAAGGGUAGACAAGGUACCCCCACCACGUGAAGGGGGCGCACUUAGCCUCUUCUACCCGCCCGCCUCCCAAGAGUGUGGCUGGCGGCCCUUUCUUCGCGGAGCUCUGGCCAGCGCGCGCUCUCAGCGUCUCCGAGAUAAGAGAGGAGGAGCAGGUGCGGCGUGCUGGGGGAAGCCUUGAUGCUCGUUGGCACGCUACGAACAGAGCUGGCCGCUGAGUGACAGGCGGCCCCGGACCCUCCCCAAGGUGCUCGGCCGCCUCAGUGAGGCGAGAGGGGGAACUCGUCCAGCCUGCCUGGCAGCCCCUUGGCGGCUCCUGCCGGGGCUUUCUCCGCCUCUUGCCUGCACUUCCUGCUCUGCCCGCAGUGCCUCCUGCGGCACCGGCGGCACUUCAAGCGGCAGCUCCUUCUUCCUUUUCCUCGCGUCCGGCUUUCCAGGAACCGCAGCUCCUUUCUUCUCUGCCAAACUCUCCCUGCUGCUGAAGGCGGGCGGCCACCUUUCUCUGCGUGGCUGCCUGCUGACCUCUCUUCGUGAAGAAGCGCUGGCCUUGCGGCCGAGGGACAGGGGCCGCGGGGGGCAGCGAAGAGAUCUAAAGCUUCUUUGAGAUGAUUGGACUGGGAAACGGCCGUCGGACAAUGAAGUCUCCACCUCUUCUAGUAGCAGCAUUAGUGGCUUGCAUUAUUGUUUUGGGCUUCAAUUAUUGGAUUGCAAGUUGUCGCAGCAUUGAUUUGCAGAAUCGUAUAAUAGAACUAGAAGGCAGAGUCCGCAGGGCAGCAGCAGAAAGAGGUGCUGUUGAACUAAAAAAGAAUGAAUUCCAAGGAGAGCUACAGAAACAGAGGGAGCAGAUUGACAAAAUCCAGAGCCUUCAUAACUUCCAGAUGGAGAAUGCUAAUAAAAUACACAGGGAUGAGAAGGCUGUGUUAAUGAAUAACAUCACAGUAAAUGAAAAAUUGAUCCAGAACUUCCAAGAACAUUUGAAAGAGUUGCAGAAGGAAUAUGGGAAACUCCAUCUGGAUGUAUAUCAUUUUCAGAAAAACCAGACUAACCUUCAGAAGAAAUUUACAUAUGAUAUGUCACAGUGCAUCAUUCAGAUGAAGGAACUGAAAGAACAGUGUGAAGAAAGGCUAGAAGAAAUUACAAGAAAAGGAAAUGAGAUACCACAGAGUAAAGAAAAAAACACGUCUGACAAGCAUUAUCAGGUUUAUAUUCCAGUACCAACAUUUGCACAACCAGAAUUCCAACAGCAUGACCUGACAAAACAAGGAAAUGAACCUGAAGAAAAACAAAAAAUAACUGAAAACUCAGUUGCUUUAGAGACACCAAAGCCAACACCCUUCAUUCAAAAUGUAGGAGAACUGGAUUAUCACAAAGACAAAGGAAAUGAUGAUUUUGUUACCAUAAAUAAAGAAGAGCCCCCAGAAGAGGAAGAAAAGCAUCCUGCAGACGAGGACCAUCCACCAGUAUUUGUUAAGCCUAGUAGAAGUAACAAGGAACUGCAUCCAGAACCUGGCAUAGAACAGAAUCCUUAUGAGGAUAUUAGAAAUACACUGGGUGAGGUUGUAGUAGAAAGGCAGAAUGGCAUAUGGACAGGACUUAUAAGACAUCAUGAUACCAAUCAGGCAAAUACAGAUGAUGAAGAAGUUGAACGAGAGCAACUGUUAAAUGAUGAUCUGCAACAGGAUGACCAGGAGAUCAGUAAGGAUGGUGAACUAAGAAGCAAGACAGCAAGACAGGGUGACAAAGGCACAGACUAUAAUUUGGAUGUGAAUGAGGCAGAGUCUGAAACAGAUAAACAAGCUGCCCUUGUUGAACAUCAACAUAAUUUGAAUGGUAAACCUUCCAAUCUUUCUGUUGUUUCUGCAUUGUUUUAAGCACUUGUUCACUGAAGGAAUUCCAGAAAUACCUCUGCAGAGAAUUUGCUUGAUCGAUCCUGUUGGAGUAAUGCAACAACUUCUUAAAUAUUCAUUUCAUUCAAAGUGAAAUCAGAUUGCUGCUUUUACAGCAAAGAAAAACUAGAUACUACUUGCUGACGUACUUUUGUGGGAAGAAAAAGUUCUUCAUCACAAUUGUUAAAAUGGAUUUUGCGUAACCCUACAAGGCAUUGCUGGUCUGCAUAUAAAUAUUCUUACAGAUAUACUGUCAUUCAAACUCUCAAUACAAUUAGGAUUACAUUAAAGUUCCUCUUUCAUUUCAGUAUCCUGAAUAGCCCAUAUGCAAAAUUACUGGAAAGUCAACAGAAGCUGUGAAGAAAGAGGUCAGCAUGUGACAAUGCAAAAACAGGUGAAACCAACUGCUCUUCAAAGCUUGAAAAGCCCAACUGGAAUCUCACUGCUAGGAUUUGUUUAAAUCAUUUGUUACUCUAAGAACUUAACCCUGAUUUUAAAAAAGAAAACAGUAAUAAUAUACUGGUAUUACACACAAAUUGUGCCAUUAUAACAUUUCAGGAGGAAGGAAGUUGUCUGUAGUUAGUCUUCAGAAACUUAUUCUGGUUUUCUUUCUAGAAAACAAAACCCUGCCUGGAAGUUGUUAGUUAAAGUUCAUAGGUGACAUUUAGCUUUAGAAAUACUGCUAAUGCCUCUUCCUACAACCUAAGUUCUUUGAAUAACCAAUUUGUUUGCUACUUUUCUGUUCAUAAUAGUAAAUUCAGGCAGAUUGUUUUAUAAAUUUACACUCAUAUCUGCUUUGAUAAAUUCAACUGGAAUCAUAGGGACUUCUAAAUAAAUAUGGAUUGGAGACUUACUUCUAAGUAAAUAUGGAUUGGGCUGCAAAUAUAUUCUCUUAAAUUCUCUUUUCAACUAUGCCCUAAUGUUUUACACUUCACUAAAGUGGAUUUUUUUAUCCUGACAUGAUCUUUGGUAUGCAGCUAGCUGACCAUCUACUUAUGAUCCACUGAGUAGACUAAACUGGCAAUCCUUCCACAAGCUGUAGUACUGUACCAGACUGGAAAAAUGGCAUGGUAUUAAAAUUGGUACUAAUAUUGCUCAUAAGUACUUUUCAGUUGUUGAGCAUAUGACCAUAAUCUUACUGGUCACAGUAGUGUCUUAAAGCUAAGGGUAACUGAGGUGUAAUGAGUACCAUGUAUUGCCACAAGGAAGGAUUACUUAUUGUAAUAUUUUUUUAAAGUUGACUGUAAAUUUUCAUUUCUGUACAAAAUAUUGGCUUGAUUUUUGAUUACUUUUAAUAAAACUGAGCCUUGUGUUUGUGUCAAUAUGAAAGGUUUCUGGGAAUAAGAACUAUGAUCAGUUUAGAGGGCUUAUAAAACUUUUCCACCCUUGUUAACAAUAUGCCAUAUCUAAUAAGGAACUGUAAUCAGGUAAACUGGAAGCAGUACACUAUCCUGUAAAGUAUGUCAUAUCAGUUAUUCUUAAAUUAAUAUACGUGUUUGUGCCAUAUAUAGAAUUCUGCCCAUAGCAGAGUUCUAUUUUAGAUAUCACUAAAUGCAUGAGAAUUUUAAAGAAUAUAAGAAUUUAUAAUAGAAGACCUGGGCCUCUUUAAUGGUAUAGCCAUAACUCUGUUAAGAAAAAAUAAUCCAAAUCCUACUCUUUAAGAAACAUUCGUGCCCAUAUAAAGUAGGUUUUUAAAUGAGAACACUUUUAAAUGAGUUCCUGGGCAUAGAAUAAGAAAUCUUGGGUAAAAAGUAAUGUGUGGAAACCUGAAGCUAAAACAAAUCAAAGGGGUUCACCUUCUACUUGUUAAGUAUUGAUUCUGUAAAAACUGAGAAAGUGGAAAAUAUUGAACUUCUAAGCUAACCAACAUUCAAAAAGUUAAAAAUACGCAGCACCAGAAUUUUUCAGGAUUUGUUUUGUUUGGAGUUCAACUUUUUGUGGAUCAAACAUAACUGCUCCCUUAAUAACCUAUUCUCUUAAAGUGUCAAGUGUGUUAUGAAAUGUUUACAGAUGUUCAAUACAAAUUCAUAAAAAUUAUUUAUAAGUCUGUAAUAAAAUCAAACAAUGCACAAUGCUUCAACAAUGUAGUUGAUAAAACCAUUUCCAGAAGAAUAACAUUGUACAAAACACUUGAAAACAGCAGUUGUCACUCAGACUAUGUAAAGAAGUCAGAGUACAGAUUUUUCAACAACUGUACUUUUGUCCAAGAACACCAUGUCCCUUCCGAGCAUAGUAUGUAAAAGCAUACCAGAGGCAGCUCUUGGUUGCACAAGUCACAGAACAUUUCCUCUUUUUUCAAACAAGUUUUACUACUGGGAAAUAUCUGUGAGGAGAGAAGUCAAAUUCUGGAGGAAC